CACACACACACAACCUUCGUGUUCAUAUAUUCUUUCUCCGAGACGACUGUAAGAUCUCCUAUUAGCCCAUCGUUCGGGCCGUCUUUAAGGACAUCCAUGAUCAUACGAAGCAUUGGUACCAUCAUAACUAAGGACAUCUAUGUGUACAAUGCUGCAAAGCAAUGAGACCGAAGACUCAGUUCUGUAAUUUAAAGAUAGACAACCAACAACAGCACGAUACAUUACGACACCAUCAAGCAGUUUACAGUUAGCAGUUUCUGCCCGAAAUCGUAGCUGUAAUAUUAUAGUAAAAUCUUUAUUUUGUUCUAUUGUACCUUGUAGCGAGGAUUCUGCUGGGAUUGAAGCUGCAGAUAUCGCGUGGGACGUGUCUGAUUGAUCUCUGUGCGGUGUAGUCUCCCCUCCGAAGACCACGGAUUACCUCUGUUCGCGGAUAAAUGGAUAUGGAAUAAUAAUAGAAACCCGUCGACGAGAUGACCAGGCGCUGAACCGCGGUGCUGCAUAAACUCUAACUUUUCUGGGGGGGUUGGCAGUUUCGCUUUGAAAUGGAUGAGUUUCAUCCGUUCAUCGAGGCCCUACUGCCGCAUGUGCGUGCCUUUGCCUACACCUGGUUCAACCUGCAGGCGCGCAAACGCAAGUACUUCAAGAAGCACGAGAAGAGGAUGACCAAGGAGGAAGAGCGGGCAGUGAAGGACGAGCUGCUGGGAGAGAAACCCGAGGUCAAGCAGAAGUGGGCAUCGCGGCUGCUGGCCAAACUCCGCAAGGACAUCCGGCCCGAGUGCCGCGAGGACUUUGUGCUGUCCAUCACGGGGAAGAAGCCCCCCUGCUGCGUCCUUUCCAACCCUGACCAGAAGGGCAAGAUGAGGAGGAUCGACUGCCUGCGUCAGGCCGACAAGGUGUGGAGGCUGGACCUGGUCAUGGUCAUCCUGUUCAAGGGCAUCCCGCUGGAGAGCACGGACGGAGAGCGCCUGGUCAAGGCUGGGCCAUGCAACAACCCCAUCCUCUGUGUCCAGCCACACCACAUCAGCGUCUCGGUCAAGGAGUUGGACCUCUACCUGGCCUACUUCGUACAGGAGAGAGAGUCAGAGCAGAGCAGUAGCCCACGCACAGGUAUUGGGUCAGAUCAGGAGGAUAGCCGAGCUGCCACCAUGGAUGCUCCUGAGUUUCAGGAAAGCUUUGUGACGUCAGGAGUUUUUAAUGUAACAGAGCUGGUGCAAGUGUCCAGAACUCCGGUGGUGACGGGGGCAGGCCCUAACUUUUCUCUGGGAGAGCUGCAGGGGCACCUGGCCUAUGACCUUAACCCCUCAGGGGUGGGCAUGAGGAGAACCCUGCCCAGCACCUCCUCCAGCGGGAGUAAGAGGCACAAGUCAGGCUCCAUGGAGGAUGAUGUGGACACCAGUCCUGGGGGGGAGUACUACACCUCUCCCAACUCCCCGGCUAGCAGCUCCCGCACCUGGCAAGAGGAUCUGGAAGGAGGCAUGUCCCCUGGAGUAAAGAAGACAGAGAUGGACAGCCCGUCUCCUCAGGAGAGCUCCCCACGUCUCGGCUUCACACAGCACCACCGGCCCGUCAUCGCAGUGCACAGUGGGAUUUCUCGGAGUCCGCACCCCUCCUCGUCUUUGCACUUCCCCACCACCUCCAUCCUGCCCCAGUCCACCUCCUACUUCCCCCACACCGCCAUCCGCUACCCGCCACACCUCAGCUCCCAAGACCCGCUGAAGGACCUGGUCUCCCUGGCCUGUGACCCGUCCAACCAGCAGCCCAGCCCACUGAACGGCAGUGGUCAAGUGAAGGUGCCCAGUCACUACAUCUCCUCCCAGAUGCUGGCGCCUCCUCCGCCCCCUGGAAUGCCUCGACUGACGCUGCCCUCCGACUCCAAGUCCAGCACCACCACCUCGGACGGGGGAGCCAACUCCCCCACGUCACCCAGUAAGUGGGCCGCUGCAUACUCAGCUCCUGGGACGCCCCCUGCCAACCGCUCCUUUGUAGGGAUCGGACCUCGAGACCCUGGCGCACUCUACCAGGCACAGUCCUGGUACCUGGGGAACUAAACAACACAAGGAUAAGCGAAAGGGGCAGGGACACAUGGAUUUGUGAUUCAACACUUUUUGUGGAAUUUAGAAAAUUGCAAAUGAGAUGCAAGAGGGAAAGUGUAUAUAUAUAAAUAUAUAUAUGUGCAUAUAUAUUUAUGUAUAUCAACAUAAAAGAUGCUUCAACACACCUUUUUGGAAUGCAAGACAGAGGCCGAGAGAGCAACGCCAAGGAAAGAAAGAGAAAAAGUUUGCGCAGCCAAAAUGAACGGUGGGGCAAAGACAUGACCCCAUGAACCUCCCCCCUGCCUCCAGGAUAGUGCCCCUCCUCUUCAACACCCCUCUGCUACAGGUGCUGCUUCCUCAUAUAUGCAAAAUAAGUAUCCUUUAUUUUCUCAAUCAACAAGAAAGAGAAGAAUCCAGAUCCAGUCAUUAUACUUUUCCACACUUCUUCGGAGACGGUAAAAAACAACUCUUUGAAAGUAGUUAGGGGAGGCUGGUCACGCAUGGUCAAUAACCUCCCUUUACCCACGAAAAGUCUACUUUUCAUCCAGUUUUAUUGACAAUCCUGUAUCUGUGUCAGUUACUUUGUUUAAAGAGUGGGGUAUUUUUAAGAUUUCAUUUAACACAGCCCAUUUGUCAUGUUUAAAAGUGUCUUCUAUGAGGCACAGUGAUAUGCACACACAAUCAAAAGGAUCAGUCUUUAGAGCAGUAGAGAGCAUCGUAAAAAGACAGGUACUGUAACAGGUGUGUUAGUUUUCACAAUAACUGAGACGCCCUUUUGUGCCUGUCAACUGUUGUCUGUUUGUUUAGACAUUUGUUUGUGUUUGCAUACGAUUCAAACAUAAUGAAACCUCCUCUUCCUAUCCUUGCCCCACUCUUUAGUUAAUAUUGCAUAACGUUUGUAUUAAUGUAGAUAACAGGGGUUUAUUCUGCAUAGUGACAAAGGGAGUACAAAAAUAGUAAUGUCACUAUUGAGACAGUAUUGGGUGUAGAGGGGAGAGUUUUUCUUUUUUGUGUAUUUAGUUUAAAUUGCAUUGGACAUUACAGGCAUUGCACUACUAAAAUGUAAAUGUUUCCUUUUUAGCAGCUAUCCCUUGGCCUAAUCAUAUGAAAUGUUGCAAGUCAGAGGUAGGUUUUAGGAUUAUGUUGUAGAAACUACUAUGUUGUGUUGCUUUGGUAGCAGGGUACAAGAGUUAUGAGUGUUGGCUUUCUUGAGCUAUCGAUUAGGAUCAGAACAAUCCAGCCCUAUUGUGUUUCAGAUAUUCUAUACUCAUCUAGAGGACGUUUCCUUGUGUAUGUUGAGGUACAGGGAAUCCUGACAGGUUUAGGUAAUCGCACCCUUUUGGAUCUCUUUCUACAUUCUGUGUAUCUAAGUCACACUUUUAUUAUCUUACUCAUGCUGUCUUUAUAUAAUCGAAAACAAAAGCAAUUUAUGAAUCUUUUUUUAAAGCAGAUCACAUACUUUGGAUGAGUCGAGAAGAAUGUGAAUGAUUUGAUCAUUAGAAGCGUGUCUGUAAAGGUAACCAUUGAUUGUGCCACCACCGACCCCAGACCUAAUGGUUGCUAGGCCAACGGCACUGCAUGUAUCCAUGUGUGCACAUGGCAUGAUUCUGGCUCAUUGAUGACGGGCAACUGACUGACCAGCAGUGUCCAUCACCAGUCUAUUUGUUCAGAAAGUUCUUUACAGGAUUUGUCCUUGUCUCAUUUGCUAAUGCAAUGUUUGUGACAACAGACUUUGUUGCAGCAUGUGUUGGGAUGAAUGCAGAUACAUAUUUAUAAAUUGAAAACAUCAGGGCUUAAGACUCCUCAACCAAGCCCAAACCAUAUAUACAGCCAUGAAAAGUGCCUAAGACAUAGCAAGAGUUCUUUCUACAUUUCUUUGUAUUAUUGUUUUGGUUUGUUUGAAGUACUGCAAACAUUAAUGAGCUCUAGACAGGCAACAGAUGUGGUGGGAGAGAGAGAUGUGAUGCACAGAGGGGGAGAAGUUAUGGAGAGCUCACAGCCCUAACCUGUCGCCAGCCAAAUGCACCUUCCAUGUGUUUUUCUGAGCACAGGCUUCUCAUUGGUUGUCUGCUGGGGACAAGCUAAGAAAAGACACAAGUAUAAAACCCUGCUAUCAGCAAUGACAUAAUUAAACCAACAUAUCAAAGCUAUAUACACACACACACACUGAACAUAAAUGUAAACGCAACAUGUAAAGUGUUUAUGAGCUGAAAUAAAAGAUCCCAGAAAUGUACA